AGGAGGAGCUCGCGGACCAGGAUGGGGCCUAGCGCGCUCUGCAGAGCUGCCCUGCUACAGUCCGGCCGCUAUCUCCGGGAUGGAGGCUAUGGGGCCCUCGGCUGCCCAGCAGUGUGGCCGCUGGCUGCUGCUGCCCCUGCUCCUGCUGACGGCCUCGGCCUCGCCGCGCUACACCCCGGACUGGGAGAGCCUGGACGCGCGGCCGCUGCCCUCCUGGUUCGACGAGGCCAAGUUCGGCGUGUUCGUGCACUGGGGCGUGUACUCGGUACCGGCCUGGGGCAGCGAGUGGUUCUGGUGGGACUGGCAGGGCUUACAUGACCCCAAGUUCGAAGCCUUCAUGCGCCUGAACUACCCCCCGGGCUUCUCCUACCCCGACUUCGGCCCCCAGUUCAAGGCCACGUUCUACAACCCCAAGCAGUGGGCCGAUCUCUUCGAGGCUUCCGGGGCCAGGUAUGUGGUCCUGACCAGCAAGCAUCAUGAAGGCUAUACACUCUGGCCCAGCAAUACAUCUUGGAACUGGAAUUCUGUGGAUGUCGGACCCCACCGGGAUCUGGUGGGCGAACUGGGACUUUACCUUCGAGCAAAGAAUAUUCGUUAUGGACUGUACCACUCACUCCUGGAGUGGUUUCAUCCCUUAUAUAUACUCGACAAGAAAAACAACUUCAAAACCCAGAAUUUUGUCAAUGCCAAGGUCCUACCAGAAAUGGUUGAUCUUGUGAACAAGUACAAGCCUGACCUGAUCUGGUCUGAUGGAGAAUGGGAAGCCCCUGACACUUACUGGAAUGCCACUGAGUUCCUGGCCUGGCUGUACAAUGACAGCCCUGUUAAGGAUCAAAUUGUGGUUAAUGAUCGAUGGGGCCAGGACACUGGAUGUAAACAUGGCGGCUACUUUAACUGUAAGGACAAAUACAGGCCAACGACUCUCCCAAAACACAAGUGGGAGAUGUGCACCACUCUUGAUAAAAAAUCCUGGGGUUAUCGGCGUGACAUGGACAGCACUGAUGUCAUGACUGAUGUAGAAAUCCUUUCGAACAUUCUCCAGGUUGUUUGCCUGGGAGGCAACUAUCUGCUCAAUGUCGGGCCAACAAAAGAUGGGAUCAUUCCUCCUAUGUUCCAAGAAAGGCUCCUUUCUGUGGGGCGCUGGCUGAAAAUCAAUGGGGAGGGGAUCUAUACUUCUAAACCAUGGAGGGUGCAAACGGAAAACACCACCAUAUGCUAUACCACAAAGGAAUCUGCCUUGAAUGCCUUCUUCAACUCAUGGCCACAGCAAAGAGUGCUAGAGCUGACCUCUCCUGUCCAACAAAAUAUGACAAAGGUGAGCAUGUUGGGCGUCCCAGGGUUUCUGAAGUGGUCACAGUGCUCAAUGGAUCAAGGCCUCUUUGUUUACCUGCCUGAACUGUCUCCAGAUAUUAUAAAGAUGAACAUUUGGACUCUCAAACUAGAGGGAGUCAAGUGAGGCAUCAUGUCCCCAAACACACCAGUGUCUAUGACUCUUUACUAUUUUGAUUUUUGCUUCUAAGACAUGAUUCCACUCUAAAGACUCUUCCUGCUCUGAAAUUCUGUGUUCCUGCUCAGACAUUUUGGGUUCUGAGAGUCUUCUUCCAAGGACAGCUAGGUGGCACAGUGGACAGAGCACCAGCCCUGGAGUCAGGAGGACCUGAGUUCAAAUUCGGCCUCAGACACUUGACACUUACUAGCUGUGUGACCCUGGGCAAGUCACUUAACCCUCCUUGUCCCUAAAAAAAAAAAGAGAGGAGAGUGGGUGGCACUGUGGGUGCCAGGGACUGUCCCUCUCUAUAGAGCCAGUUCCUUACCCUGUUAAAAGCCAAGUCUGUUCAUGAAGAGGACUAGAGAAGGCUCAUUUAGAGCCCCUGCUUCUUGAGCCUGACAGUUCCCCCUGCAACAAACCUGGAGGGAUUCCAGCCGCCUUGGGUAGAGAAGAGAAUGGGAAAGAAGGCUUGACCACAUCCAUAGGAUGGAGGAUUUGCUUUUGUUCGCAUUCUAAUCUGAAAAGCCCUGAAGGCACCGUGUCCCUUACUGUUCAAUUCCCUUUCACAAUGUGCAAUUAAAGAACAAGCGAUCCAAUCAAUUUCUUGUUCAGGCCCUGUGCCUCUUUGUAUGUUGAUUGUUUUGACACCUGUGGAAAAAAAUAAACUGUUUUUCCAUUUAAAAA